UUCUUUGUUGUCCAAUAUCUAUUAAUAAUAUUUACGUUUUGUCGAAAAAUAUUUCGGCAAGUCAUAUUUACCGGAAGUAGACUAGAUUCUAGCAUGGCAAAAUUUCAAACCUGAACUGAAUGAAAAUUAUAAUUUUGAGCGAAAAAAUAAAAUUGAAACCUACUUAUGCAGCAUUUCGUAGUAUAUAUGAUUAAACAUGUGAAAAUUGUAUAUUUGAAUUUUUAUAAUGCUAAAGUAAGCUAAAUUAGCUACCACAAAAAUGACCUGACCUUGACCCAAAAUGACAUCAACACAGCAAGAAAUCGUUCUUGAUCGCGGAAAUGAUACCAAUGUUAGGGUCAAUUUACAUGGAGCAACUGUUGUGUCCUGGUUGUACUUAGGGACCGAGCUUCUCUUCGUUAGUGAGAAAGCAGUUUAUGAUAACAAAAAGGCCAUUAGAGGUGGAAUACCUGUGGUAUUUCCAAAUUUUGGCCCCUGGGAUCUGGGUCCACAACAUGGAUUUGCAAGGACUAGCACAUGGACCAUAGAGGAACAACCUUCAAAAUUACCAAAUGGAGAUGUAUGGGCAGUCUUGUCUCUUGAAGACAAUGAACAGACAAGGAAACAAUGGAAUUUUAAAUUUCAAUUGAAAUACUUGCUCACCCUGAAGGAGAACAGUUUCCACAUGGAUUUUAAAGUUAUAAACUGUGAUGACAAGUCAUUUUCUUUCACGUGUCUACUCCACACAUACUUUGGUGUUCCUGACGUAAGAAAAUGUAAGAUUUCAGGACUCCAGGAACUCACAUACGUAGAUAAGGUUGCUUCUGGCGAGAGGUUUAGUGAAGCUAAAGAACAAGUCACAAUAUCAGAAAAUGUCGACAGAGUUUAUGAAAAGACGCCAGCAUACUGGGAGCAUUUGGUGACAGCUGUUAAUGGAGGAUAUUGCAUCAGUUUGCAGAAACACAAUAUGCCAGAUACAGUUGUUUGGAAUCCUUGGAUAGAGAAAGCUAAAGCAAUGACAGAUUUUGGUGAUGAUGAAUAUUUAAAAAUGCUUUGUGUUGAGGCUGGAUAUGUAUCUGAACCUUUUACUCUAAAAGCAGGAGAGAUUUAUGAAGGUACACAGGUACUAAUAGCUCUCCCAGCAUCUGACAGCUCACUUUAGAUAACUAUUAUACACAGAUACAUGGAUUAAUAAGGACUCAAUCUAUGCAAGCAUUGUGAUAAUAGCAAUUACAUAUAUAGCAGAUAGUUUAUAGUUUCUACACGGGAUAAA